UGAUAGAAUUAGAAGAAAUUUUCAUCAAAUUUGUCAGUCAAAAACAAGCGCGGCAUUAUACAUGGUGUGAAAAAAAAGAUUUAGAAGUUGAGAAGAAAACGACUAUUGUUCUCUGGCGUGGUAUUCUUCCUGCAAAGAAAAAACUGUGGAUGGCUUUUCUUCGUGCGGAUCUUCCUUCGGGUGGACCUUCCUUUCUUCGAGUGGAUCUUCCUACGGGUGAUUUUCCUGCGGGUGUUCUUGCAAAACAAAAAAAAGUAGAUGGUCCUUCUUUCGGGUGGAGGGUGGAUCUUCCUAUGGGUGUUUUUCCUGCGGGUGUUCUUCCUGCAAAACAAAAAAACGUGGAUGGAUCUUCCUUCGGUGGUUCUUUUUUCGGGUGGAUCUUUCUUCGGGUGGUUUUUCUUGCGGAUGUUCUUUUUGCAAAACGAAAAAAUGGGUGGAUCUUCCUUCGAUGUUCUUCCUUCGAAUGGGUCUUUCUUCAGGUAGAUCUUGUGGGUGGUUUUUUUGCAGGUGUUCUUCCUGCAAAACAAAAAAAAUGGGUAGAUCUUCCUUCGGGUGGAAUUUCCUGUGGUGAUUUUCCUGCAGGCGUUCUUGCAAAACAAAAAAAAUUAGGUGGUUCUUCCUUCGGGUGUUCUUCCUUCGAGUUGAUCUUCUUUCGGGUAAAUCUUCUUGUGGAUGGGUUUCCUGCGGGUGUUCUUCCUGAAAAACGAAAAAAAGUGGUUCUUCUUUUAAUGUGGGUGGUUUUUCCUGCGGAUGUUCAUCUUGCAAAACAAAAAAAGUUGGUGGUUCGUGUUCUUUCUUCGGUAGAUCUUCCUUCGAUGGAUCUUUUUGCAGGUGGUUUUUCUUGCGGGUGUUCAUCCUGCAGCAAAAAAAAGCUGCGGUUCUUCCUUCAGGUGGAUCUUCUUUCGAUGGAUCUUCUUGCAAAACAAAAAAAAAAGGUGGGUGGUUCUUCCUUCGGGUGGGUCUUCCUUCGAGUGGGUCUUCCUGCGGGUG